CAUAAAUAGCGGGUCGGUUGACAAACCUCGUUCUAUGAUCUCAGUCUAACGGUCUAACGCUACUUAGACACUAAAGAAACUUUUUGAGUUGACGAGACAGAUAGUUCGCAUUUCAUAAUGAACAAAAUUCUUCUCAGCAUUUUCGCAGCCGGACUAUUGUUUUCAGUCGGCCAUGCUCUGCAAUGCUACAAGUGUGAUUUUGGCCUGGGGAACCUGUGUAUAACCUCCAAAGUCACCUGCGAUGCUGGCCAGAAUUGUUUCAGUGGCAUCGGAAAAGCAGCAUCUGCCAUCGAUAUCAAGAGUAAGGGCUGUCUUGCUGUGGCUGAGUGCAACAAGACGUCCAGUUACAAUCUUCCUGGAACCACUAACGCCACCGUCUACGCCGUGACCAAGACCUGCUGUGAUUCUGACCUUUGUAACGCUGCUUCCAACCUAGUUCACCUCAACACCUUUCCCCUGGCCCUCCUCACCCUCACCAGCUUCCUUGUGACCAAGGUUCUGGUGUAGGGAGCAUGAAUGCCCCCCUCCAACACACACACACACACGGUAGUAAGAAAUAUCCUUCCUGUACACAAUUCUCAUUGAUUACCAAGAAACGUAUGUAUUUAUAAUUUCUCCUCAAACUAAUACAAUUAAGGACAUUUUGUCUCUAGUUUCUAGCACUAUCUGUAUUGAAUUACUUUAGGAUUGCGUCUCGAGGUAUCUUUGGUGGAAAUAUUUGUUUAAAAGGCUAACUUUAAAAUGCGGAGCAAAUAUGCGUCACAUUCUUGCAUUGUUUACUUUUGUUAUGGAAAGCAUCCUGUCUAACCUGUAAGUCCAACAAAACCUCUCACUGAUACUCUAGUUCAGGAGGCACUAGUACACCAGGGUUCAAUACAAUAUCAGAAGGCUUCAGUGUUUUUCACUUCAUCAUGGAUAGUUGAAUUGCUUUGUAUGCUGACAGAAAUAUUGAAACGAUCCAUGGCAAGGAACCAUUUUGUCCACCGAACAUUUCUGGCAUUGUUUACUCUCUUACUCCUAAGUGUGAAGUCAUGUGUAAUGGUCACCACUGCUUGUUGCCAUACACCCAGGCUUUACUAUGCAGCCAACAACUAGGCAUUGAAUAAGUGAUUCAUGUUCUUGACUCAUAAUUGCCAGGGAUAGGAUAAAAGUAGGCAAAAAAUGUGUUUCUUUAAAGUUUUUCUAUAGGAAUUACUGGAUCAUUAACUGAAUGAAGCUUGAUGACUUUGCCAGUUCACCUCUUGAUACGUUUGUGGGGCUUUUACUAGCAACUGCAUUUCCAGUUUGAUCAUUUCUAAAAAGAUUAAUAAAUGCAUUGACCAGCUUUUCCUAGAAAGGACCAUUGAUUGCGAUAUCUUGAUUUAACUUUGGAUCUUGUUUUUGAAAGUUCUGCUUGUUUCUCAGUGACCAUUCUGCAAGUUUAAUGAGAUAAUAUUGUGAUUAUAUUUAUAGUAUAAUAUAAAUAUAGUAUAACAAUCACUAUAUAGAAUAUAGUGAUUGUAUUUAUCUUGUAAGGUUGGGAGAGAAAUGUCAGAACUUGUUUAUCAUCUGGGAGUCAUUCCCGAUUAACUGAAAAUGGUGUGCGGAUAAUACCGGCUGGUACAAUCAGGAAUGACUUUCUUGUUUAAGUGGACAUCCUCCUGAAAUGUUUCAACUUUUGUAUGUGGGAAAUUUGUCUCUGAUCGAUGUCUUUCAAAACUAUGUAAAGAAUUCAAUAAAUGUAACUUUUUAAAAGAAA